CUAUUAGCAGACAACAGCCCGGUGAGCCCGGUGAUCACAUGGGUCGCUUUUGCAUGGAACUGAAUGCAUAGGAGGAUGGAUCACAUAAAAUCUUGGCUGGGUAUACAAAAUCCUACUGAAUCUCCACUGGUCUACAACCAACAGGAGCCCAAAUCUCAUCCUGCAUCGAACGAUACACCCAAAUCAUCUGUUAAGACGGACAUAGAGAUACAUUCAGUGAGUCGAAUAGAACCAACAACUGCUAGUGAGAGACUGGAGCUGAUCGGACAAGAUGUACGGGAUGUUGUAGCAAGAGUUAUUCCCCUUGAGGAAGAUGACUGCCUCAGCUGUAAACUGAUUGGUUCAACAACUCUCUACGCGGCAUCUGUGUUUGUAUUUAGAGGGGGGAUGAGGUUCAGGAAGCAGUUUACUGGAUUCAGGAGAGGCUGUGCCACUGCAAGUUAUUCAUCAUUUGCUUUUGCUUUAUUCCUGCUGGGAACCUCGCGGUUAUUUGACCUGGGUAUCUUCCAGAAGAACUCUAACAAAACCAUAUUCGAGAUGGCUCAGGAUGAUUUGCAGUCAAUGGUUGCCCUUGUACAGGGAAAAUCUGAUAAGAAAAACUAACAUGUAACCAUGGUAACCAUGAAACAAGCAGGGAUUGGUAGCUCAUGGGAGAGUGCCCCGUGGGGAUUGUAAAAAAGUUGUUGACAUAUGAUAGGGUUUUAUCAUGUUCAUAUAGCCUUUCAUAAUCCCGUAGAAAUCAAUAUGGCAAUAUAUCUGUGGGAAGACAUUGAACAGGAGCAACUGUGUUCAGGAUGUUGGAGAUGCUUGUGAAGAGUCAUGCACAUCAACAUUAGUGAUCUUAUAGAAACAUGUUUCCUGGUUGUCGGACUGUCCAUUAAUCCCAGUGUAUGAAAUUCCUCAAAAUGUCAGCCAGACAACUGGGCCAUAAACUUUGCACAGUUACCAGACCAGAUAAAAUGUUGCCAGACCGGAAUUUUAUAGACUUACAUACAAAAGUAACAAAAGGGUACACAUAAGAACAGUACUGUUUAAUGUUAGUUCUCAAGAAAAUAACAAUAAACUGGUGGAUUGUCAACUUAGUAACUUACUCCCUACUAUUGACAACUUCUUUAUUGUACUAUGAAGAUAUCUUGUCUUUACUGAUACUUACCAACUUCUAUAAAAAUGCCAAUCAAACAGGAACUUGCUUGUAUAAAAUGACUUAAUUGCAAAAUAUUAACCCACAAGAGAAAAGAGUGACGUGUCGGCUGAUGUAAGUCGAUUUUAGAAAAGCAAUAAAAUAAUUAUUGAACUGA